AUGCCCGAAGAAGAAGAAGAGGAGUUGGUGAUAGAAGAACCACCAAAGAAGGAUGAAAAGAAAGAAGAAAUGGUGGAGAAAAAGAAGUCGGAAGAGAAAGAAGCAAAGAUCACACCACCACCUUUUCCAUCAAGAUUAAGCAGCAACAAAAAAGAGAGAGAAGAUAGUGAAAUCAUGGCAAUGUUCUGGAAAGUUGAAGUCAACAUCCCUCUAUUAGAUGCAAUCAAACAAGUACCUAGAUAUGCUAAGUUCCUUAAGGAACUUUGCACAACUAAAAAGAAGCUGCGAGGUAAUGAGACAGUGAAAGUAAGUGAAAAUGUUUCUGCAGUUUUGCAGAAAAGGAUGCCCCCAAAGUGCAAGGAUCCAGGCACUUUAACAAAAAUAGGGGUGAUCAUCCAACUUGUAGAUCGUUCUAUAUUACACCCAAAAGGUGUAUUAGAGGAUGUUUUGGUGCAAGUUAAUGAGCUUGUCUUUCCUGCAGACUUUUAUGUGCUUGAUAUGGGAGAUGAUGAUCAUCCAUCCUCGAGUUCCAUACUUUUAGGUAGACCAUUCUUGAAAAUAGCAAGAACAAAAAUUGAUGUCUACAAUGAUACAUGGUCCAUGGAAUCCGAUGGGGAGGUCAUCAACUUCAAUUUCUAUGAAGCAAGGAGGUACCCAAGUGAUGUUCAUUGCAUAAAUUUUGUUGAUAUAAUCCAACCUUUGACUAAAAAGUGUUUUGAGUUGACUAACCAUGAUUUGUUGGAGUUAAUUUUGAGUAGGAAUUUUGAUAACAAUUCAGUCAAAGAGAUUGCAGAAAAAUUUCAAGUUAGAUGA